UGUCAGCUGUUUUGUACAAUUUUUUGGUUAUGUUUGUUUGAUUAUUUGUUUACGGCGAUUUGAAGUUCAUAUGAAGAGUAUUAUUUCUUGGUAAAUAGAAAUGGAUGAAGACGUACAAAACUUUGGAAACAAUUUGGCGAUAUGUGUAAAACAAAAGAAAUACAUGUUUGCUGCAGAUUUAAUUGGGCAUGUAUUAAAACAGUUUUCAGAUGGACAACUUCCCUUAACUGUUAUUGAUUUCCAUUUAGUUAAUAUCUUCAACAAAAGUGAUGGUCUAUUAAAAUUCAUAGAAAAUGUUAUAUGCAUUGAACAAUUUCGCCCUGCUCUCGUACAUUCCUUAAAACUUUUAUCUAUAAUAAUAAAUACCAUGGGUCAGAGAAUCAAGAAAAAUGCAGUUGAUGUGGUGACAGUGUGUCAGAAAAUUAUUACUUCUAAUGCAAGAUCAGAUGACAAAUUUUCUGCUUUAAUAAUAAUAGAAUGUAUAAUUGAACAGCAUUUGAUUAAUCAUGAUGUUGUUAUUGAAUUGUACAAUGAUUUAUGUAAAAGCUUUGAAUUAAAAAGAACCUCAAAAGGUAUAAGUAAUAUUCCAAUUGUCUUCUAUGUAUUCUUUUGUGUUUAUAUUUUAGUGGAGUCCCAGAUAGCCAUUGUUUUGGGUACCAUUAUGAAACAUUUUAAUAAUGUGUUUGAUUGUAACAGUUUUUUUGAAAAACUAAUAAAAAACAUUGAAUAUGAAUUGUAUGCAUGUGAAAAUCAAAAGACUGCCACUUUAAAAGCAACAGAGGGUUGUAUGGUUGGAUUAUCAAAAGCUUUGGAAAGUUGUAGUACAGAAAUUAUCCCAGAAAGGAAACAGAAAUUGUUAGAUUGCCUAGAAUCAUUAGUCAAAUCUACUAAUGCUAAAAUAAAAGUUGCAUUCAGAGCCGCUUUAAAUCUUUUGAAAAUGCACAUGAAUCUUUUUGCCAAAGAAAUUUAUGUUCGUUAUAAGGAGUGGUACAAAUAUUUUAUGCACUGGCUGCAGUCAGAAACAGGAGAGAAUAAGAAAGCUGGUUUUAACGUUCUUUUAGAAUUUUACAAUGAAAUGGGAAAGGUUGCAUGUGAAUCUAAUAAUGGUGGCGAAGUUGCCAAGUUUCUUGUAAACCCUUGCCUUAAAAAACUGUCUAAUCAGGACGAGACUUAUGUAGUACAUUUAAGUAUACGAGGUGUGGGCUACUUUGCAAGAGCAAUUUAUAUCCAUUUACGAGAAAAAUUCGACGGCAUUCUGGCCCUCAUGUCACAGAAGAUGGAAGAACAGUUUUUUAUCCAAGAAACACCCGAGACUCCCAUCAACUUAGAGUUUCUUCCCGACUACAUAUUUUCGAUCGGUUCCAUGGUCAGUCUGCUUAAAGACUUAACCGACUCACAAAUGUCUGUAAUAUACAAGUCGUCGAUUUUUAUGAUUCAGAUGUUCCCUAAAAUUCCUUCUCACCAUCGUUUUGUAGUAGUUGACGCAAUUGUUUCUUUAAUAUGCAAUCUAAAUGUGAAUAAUAAAAAAAUGCUUUGCAAUUAUCUACAAGUUGUCCUAUAUCAAGGUAUUUUAUGGACUUGUUCACAUGAAAUCGAAGCUGAUGCAGAAGUAGUUAAAGACAAUAUAAACAUCAUCACUUACAAGUCUUAUAUGCAAUUGUGGAACGGCUUACUGAACCUCAGACAACGAUAUUUAGACGCAGAAGAGACGAAAGUCCUCAAACGAGAAAUUUUCGAUGAGCUGAUACGAAAUUUGUUGGUUCUAAUCAAUAAACUCGACCUAGGAACUGUAGUAAAGAAAAAUGAAGAUAUGAUAACGACAGCGACCGAUCUGGAAACUAUUUUUGAACCUGUCAAAGUUGCUGACAUUAUCAUCUUUGUGAACAUUGCUGACCUUUACAGAGACAUUUUUAUAUUGGUUAAGAAACAGGAUCCUGCAAUGUUCAGAAAAUGGAUCCCUGCAUUCGUUGAUAACGUCAUCAAAAAGUCCCAGCACUAUCCUUUGUGUAGCGGCUUCUAUAAAUUGCUCACAGCCUGUUUAAAAUUGAGCACAUCUUUGAGAUACUUCACCAAAGCACGAAUCGAAAAGUACGAGUAUGUACGAUCUACUUACGAAUCGAUUUACAGUUUCAUCCAAGACAUUUUGCAAAAAGUAAGCCAUUUAAAGGAAGACCUUUUGAUAUCAUGUCUCGAACUCUUGAUGAGCAUUCCUGAAGCUAUGGUUAAGAACAUUUUACCCCAAGCAGUCCCAGCUUUCACGUCACUUUUCAAUGUAGGAAGGAGUUAUUUGAAACUAGCUCAUUUAGCAAUUGAUACAUUGGAAGAAUGGUUCAUACUUCUCCCCAUUAACGACUUUAAACCGUUCUUAGAAGAAAUAGUCCCUGAAUUAGAUUCAUAUCUUGAAAGUCAUUCGUUGAAUGAAAAGAACUUAAUUGUAGACUCUACCAAGUUUAAGACGAGAAAAACCGAAAGAGCUGUAAUGAAACGUAAAGUGUUUAUUGAAAGUGAAUCAGAAUUGUUAGAACUUCAGUACAAAAUUAUGGUUUUCUUGGGAAAACUUGAUACAAAUAUCUGUUACAAAUUUGUAAGUUCUAAGAACACACUUGAGCCUGUGGUUUGGGGUAAAAACUGUCAUCUAAAGGUGACGCUACCUUUUGAAGACGCCGAUAUCGAUAUAGGUCUUGAGAAAUUCGUGCCUCACGUACUGAAUAUUGCCCUUCAUUCUAGUAAUAGAAAAAGUAGGGUCACAGCUUGUGAACUGCUUCAUGCAAUAGUUCUGAAUUUACUCGGAGUCAGUAAAGCGGCAAGCGAUGAAGAUCUGAAUGAUAUAAAUCUCGUGUUAAAAAAGAUAUUUGUUCCUUUACUUCAAUUGGCUUGUGACGUGGACGGAGUUGUAAGACAAAUUUUCGAACCGUUUGUUCUUCAACUGAUGCAUUGGUACUCGCAUCCAUCCCAGAAGGAAGGAGAACAAGCUGAAAUCGUGAAGAAUGGACUGAUGGAAGCCAUUACUAAUACCUCGAAUUCGUCUCUGAGAGAUUUCGCCGGAAUUUGCGUUAGGGAGUAUUUAGCUUGGACGAAACGCCAAUCAAAAGACCAAAGAUCAAUGGGAAUCGAAUUCUGGAUCUGUAAAAUAAAGACCUUUAGUCGACAUCCCGAUUUGUUUAAAAGAACCGGCGCCGUUCUCCUCUUUAACAGUACUUAUACUGAACUUCGUGAAAAUUCCGAGAUAUUUAAUAUUUAUUGGUUCGAAAUCCUAGAUUCUUUAGUCACGAAUCUUUCUUUAAUGAACAAAACCAUCUCAUUAGAAGACAGCCUAUUACAGCAAGCAUUCUCCGCUUUGGAUCAUGUUAAACGUGGUCUAGUAGAAAAAUCAGAUCGUUUCAACUCCUCAAAUCCUGAUCGUAUAGUCCCGAGCAGUUUUGGUGGAGACACCCUCAAGGACGUGGCAAUUUGGAGUUUAACCCAAACUGGAUCAUUAUCACCUCACUGCAGACAAAAGUGUAUGGAUUUGUUUUGCAAAAUUGCACCAAAAGUAAAAGAUUGUAGAAAUUUGAAAGAAUUCUGCAAUAAAUUUAUUGACGACUCAAACUGGAUUCUAAAGACUUAUCAUUUACGGUCACUCAGCCCAGAAAGUUUUGAGAACGAUAUAUUCAAAUGGAUGUGCUACUUCUUGUGUGCAAUCGAUGGGUACAAGUUUAUUAUCGACAAUGACAUAUUAUCCCCAAAAACCGCUUUUGAAAACAAAGAGUUCUUAGAAAGUGUUGGGUUUUUCUUAUCAAAUGUACAGGAAAAAACACUUGAAAAUUUCAAGGAAAAUUGUACGGUCACAUCCGCUGAUAAGCAGACAUUUAAAACAUUGAAAUCCCAAAUUAUCAAUAAACUGGUAGCGUUGUUUAGUUCGAUUCUAUCCAAGAAAUAUCAUAUUGAAUGUAUUGACAUUUGGAAGCAACCAUCAACAUGGAACUUUAUCAAAAAUUGUGUGUUUAUGCCGUAUGUGCUGGGAAUAGAAAUGACGAAAGCUGACGAAUUUGGCAACGAAGUGGUGACGUUAUUAAAUUUACUAAAUGCAAAUUUAACACCAAACACUGGGAAAGAAAAUAUUCAAAAUACGCUUCGUGAAUACAUAAUACAAACAUUAAAAGAUGAAGUGGAUUUAAAGGCUGUGUCAGUACCGUAUCAGCAAAGAUUAGCCUUAAAAGGGAUGCUGUUGUUACAGAAAACAAAUUUUGCUAAAGAAAUGAAUUUAGGUGAUCUUUUUUCGCGAACAAUUCCUGACUUAUUUGCCAAAAUAGUCAAGACAAGUCCCAGUCCAAUUUUCAUCAAGUUAAUCAAGCCAGUAAACGAAUUUUACGACAUGAAAUUACAACUGGCACUUGAGAAUAAUAAAAAUGAAAUUCAUUUAGUUAUAAAGUGUAUCGUCUCCGAAGAGAUGGUGACCUAUGAAGGUACUAAUACGAAGUCCAAAAAAGGAGUUUUGUUCUUUAGAACAUUCAAAGAUACUCUGUCGAAAGUUAUCGUUCAAAACUUCUCAUAUUUUAUGGAAAUAUUGUGUAAAAAUCCACCUGAAGAUAUCUACUAUUUUAACACGGAAAUAAUACCCUACGUUAAAAAAUAUUGUAAGGAAAGGAGUAUUGUGAAAACAAUUAUAACAAAAAUGGUGGAGAGUGUAGACACCAUGUCUACUUUUUUCAACGUCGAUUCGGCUUCUAAAAAGAAGGCUUUAGACUUUAUAAGUAAAUUAAUGACUCUAACCGACGUUCCACGAAUAAUUGGACAUGGUAAUGAAAAGUUAUACUUAUUGAUAAUCGACUUGUUUACAAUCACUGAUCAGUCUUGGAAUACCGUUCAAUCUUUGGAAUUCAUCGGGCAAAUAAUUGAGUUACUACCAUGUGUUACAGAACCACAGGAUGAUUUACAACCUGAUUUGUUAUCAUCUCUGUCAUCAGUACAUAAAAAAUACUUCGUUACCAAAACGUCUUCUGUAAAGCCUACUAUUCAAGUGAUAAUAAAAAAAGUGUUUGAUUGCCUUAAAAAUUCAAAGUCUCUAACAAUUUUAAGUUUCUGUUUGGACUUGUACGUUACAGAACAUGAUUAUCUGAAAGACAUUCCAGUACAGAAAAUAAUAAAACAUUUCAUGAGAGGUCAAAACAUCGACUUCCAAUUGAACGCUCUUAAUUUUGUGUGGAAAGAAUGCACGACUACAACGAAAUAUUCGAAUCACGAUCGCUACAUUUUGAUUCGUGAUAUUCUAACAUUGGCCUUAAGGUACUCGUUGUAUCCGGCAUUCGAACGUUUUAAUGAAGAAAUUAUCAACGAUAUUUACAAAAAACUGAAAACCAAAAAUGAUCCUCAAUAUUUUGCGUGCAAUAAAGUUGUUGAUAGGACUAUUUAUUUUAUCGCAAUUGAAAUAUUAUUUUGUCGUAUUGAUGUCAACAAAAUGACCAACAAUACCUGCCCCAUUAACGCUGCUGUCUUUAGUGAUGGGAAAAACGGGAAGCAGUUGCUUCGAGAACUCACCAAAAUUUCUCUCGAUGCAGGCAAAGAAAAAUUGCAAGAAGAUUUUUCUGAUGAUAGCAAUUACAAAGAAUUCUUUCGUCUGUAUCAUUGCCAUUCAUACAACGCCACUAUUUCAUUGAUAGCAAAUACCCAAGACAGCAUUGAUUAUUACACGUUGUUGUUCCCAAAGGAUAAAGACGGGGAUGAUAUACGAUGGAUUAAAUUAAUUGAUACGACAAAGAAAUACAAAUUUAGCAUCGAUUUUGAUAAAGUGCCCGACAGGAAGAAGAAAAUUUUAAAUAUACGAUCCAGUACUGAACAAAACAGUCCCAAUAAAGACGGGUUUAAUUACUUGCAAUCCCAGAGACUAUUUGAAAGUACUUUAAGUGAAGAUAUUUCUAAAUACGACUUUACCCAUUCAAUUAUACAAUCGCAGGUGGACGAUGAGUUAUUAGAAGACAUAGAAGAUUCCAGGAACAAUUUUCUUCAAUUCGAUGCUCUUGAUUUUAAUGAGCACGAGUGUAUGGUGACGAUUUGUGGUCUUCUGAGACAUUUGGUGGACAGUAAUAUCUCACCACUUCCAGAAGAAGGAAUCAAUGAAGAGGAUGUUGAACUCCCACAGUGGGCAGAUGCUUUUAGAAAAACUUUGUUGAACGAAAAAGUCCCAGAUAAUUUGAAAUUGUUUUUAUUGAAAAUAAUUGAAAAUGUUGAGGACAUUUUUAGGCCCCUUGCCAAGUGGUUUUUAGAACCCAUUAUGCAGAUUAUUGUGGAUGGUCGUGCCGGUGAAGAAAUUAAUUAUUUCGUUGCUGAUUUGGUUAUGGUUUUACUCUCGUGGUCACCAAUUGCCAUUCCUGUGGACAACGAGUUGACAAAGAAGUUGUUAAUAUUACUCAUACAAAACGUAAACACGUCAAGAAAGGCAUUAAUGAAAGAAGACAUCAACCUCAUUAAGCUUUUUGUGGAAAAAUGGCGGAAUAUUAUCGAGGUUCCUCACAAAGAACUGUUGAAAAUCUUGGAAUCUGCCAGAGAAAGAAUAAAUGUUGUGAUCGGUAUUCAUUUAACAGCAAUCUUCUUAGUAAACGGUCUGGAACCGUGGGAUACAGGAACUGUGUCCUCCUUUUUGAAACUCUUUUUGUCCAAAUUAAAAUCUGACUAUCAAGAAGUUUACUCACCAGGGGCUGAAACUGUAGGAAUGAUAUUGAAGUACCUGCAAGAAAAUUCUACUGAUAUUGUCGACUUACCCUUAAAAAUAGUCGAAGACCAUAUAAAGCUACUUCCAAAAAACAAUUUGCUACACGUUUUAGUUAAGAUGACUUCUUAUUGUCCUUCAGUAGUCGACAGUUUUAUAAACCAGUAUAUUAAUCUGAUAAACGUCGAGCAAACAUUUACUUUUAAAGUGCAGGUCUUGAAGAUUGCUUUGGCCAAUCCAGAAUUGACCACUACAUCAUUUGGCUUCAAGUUGGUAGAUUUUGAAGCUCUACUUACAUGUCCGGACCUCGAAGUGCAGAUCCUUACAUUGAAACUGUUAGGAAAAGUAUAUCAAACAAUAGACCUAAAUAAAAUGCCUAAUAUACUCAAGAAAGCUUCUCAGUUUGUGCAAAGUUCCAGUGACCAAUGUCGCGAGAACAUGUACCAAUUUAUCAUGAACAUGUAUAAUUCAAUUUCGGACCAUGAAAUUCUCCAAUUAUGUACAUCUAUACUUCUCAAAGGACUUGUGGAUCCAAAUGAGGACAUCCAAAAUAAGAUAUACGAAUUUUGGAACGAGUUACAGACAUCCAAUACACUCACAGACCGUUUGGUAUUCCUAUUGAGUGAACUUUUUGUACCUGGAGACCUUGAAGAUCAUUUUUUGGGUUAUUGCUGUGCUCUCAUCAUCAGUUUGAGUCAAAAGCAAAAGGAAUUCACAAAAGAGAUGUUUCAACACGAAUUGAAAAAGUGCGUUCGUGAAGAUUAUAAAAUUGUUAACUGCUGGAGAGCCCAACAUACUUCUUUUGCCCCAUUAUUCGCUAGCACUUUAAGGUCACAACAAUCGCAAUGGUCUCAGGCUAUGUCAAGUUCAGACGUCUUAUUAGCAACCCAAACUAAUCUGUCUUUUAUUCCAACUCAAAUGCUGAACACAAACAUUUCUGCAGAAGAAACUAAACCUGGUCCAUCUUCAAGUAGUUUUUCUAUUUCGUUGAAUCCUGAUGAUGCAGGGAUGCCGAUUUCUUCUGGGAAUAAUACUAAUGCACAGAAGAGAAGUACGAUUCGCAAAAGACGAAUUUGUAGUAAUAAAGAAAUGAUCAGUAAGAUUUCUGCAAACUAUCAGGUGUUCAAACAUGAAAAGAUCAUGGAAAAGAGAAAGGAUGUGGUGAAAGAACGAGAGAAAAAUGUUUCUAUUUAUAGGAGUUACAGAAAAGGUGAUUUCCCGGACGUACAAAUACGAUUGUCUGAAUUGUUUAUUCCAAUGCAAACGUUAGCGAAGACUGACUCAUAUAUAGCCAGACAACUUUUUAAUUCAAUUCUGAACAAUUUUGUGAUGCAUCACAAGGAAGGUGACAAUACACUGACAACAAAUUUGUCGUCAAAAAUAAACAAAAUACUAGAAAGUUCUACUGGCUUAGUACCCAAUUUGGUGGGUGCUUUAAUGGAUUUUACUUUGUCGAAUAAAAAUUUGAUUCAACUAAAACCAGAAACUGUUUCAUCUGUGGCUUUAUCCAGUAGCUUAUAUUCAAUAGGAAGUUUACUAUUAGAAGAGUAUUUGAUACAUUUAGAUUUUUCCGAAGGAUCUUCUAAAAGGAAGCCUGGUGAAGAAAGCGAGGAAAGCAAGUACUGGUUGAAAAUAGCCGAAUUGGCUAAAGAAAUGGGCGAUUGGGAUGUUGUUCGAUCAAUAUUUCUAGACAAAAUAAAGUGCAAUGAAAGCGUGGUGAACGCAAUUACUGCAGAAUCGACUUCCCAAUGGAAACAAGCCGUGGAAUACUACAAAUCAGCAAUCGAAACUGAUUUGUCUUAUCAACGGCAAGAAUUCUAUUACGAAUCUUGCUUCAAAUGUCUCGUUAAUUUAGGACAUUGGGAGGUUUUGGCUCAACAGGUUGCAGACUUUGCAGAAAGCGAAAGUACAGACGUCUGGCAAGUUCUUUGGACCAACGAAAACUACCAAAAGAAGUUAUUGCCCUGGUACAUAAAAGCAGAAGUCAACAAAAUCCUAGAACACUCGAACGAUAACCAUAACAUCGUCUCUUGUCUUAAUAUGUCAUUAAAAGACCCGUUGCAAUCGAAUGUUUUGAAGACCGAUUUUGGAGAAGAAUUGGCUAUAAUGUUCCUCAUAGCAAACGAACUUGAUACCACAAAACAAUACAUUAGCUGCAAGUUUAACAGUUUCUUAGGAAAUUGGGUGAAUAUUAACCGUUUAUUCACACAACAGAAGAUCGAUAAGCUUCUAAACGUUAGAAACGCCGUAGACAUAAACAAUUUCACAAAGAAAAUCGAAAAAAUGUCGAUAAUGAAUUAUCAAGAAUGUGUUGACGAUUUGAUCUCUGUUUGGGGGAAGUCUAACGAAAACGGUCCUUCUGCCAUAUUAAACGAAGUCAAGCUUUUGUACAGGCAAAAUUUUAUAGAAAAGUUACUCGAGAAAAUUCGAGAUAUCGUAAUGGACGAGGAAGAACAAAAUUCAAUGGUUUGUAAAUUGGAAACAUUCAAAUACGAUCUCCAUUUAAACUUCAUAAAGCUUUUUGCAAAGCUUAACAACCCCGAUCUGGCGUAUAAGUAUGUUGCAGAAUAUGUGUCCAAAAGGGAGGAGAACGAUAUUCGGUGGUACCUCCAGUUUGCCUCUCUUGCUUUUAGGAGGAUUGGAACUUUGGAGGACCAAGGUGAAAAAGUUUCCAAAUAUGUUCAAGUUUGGAAGGAACUAGCCGAAUGUGUUAACGUAAAUAGAGAAUCAGAGUAUUUACUGGAAGUAAUUGAAGUCAAUCAAUUGAUGUUCGACAUUUCAAACGAACUGACCGUAUGUUUACAAGACAACGAAUCUCUACUUCAUGAAAACACAGAUCAGUUGUCAGAACUAUUCAACGGGCAAACGAUUAAUCGAUCAGAAGAUAUUUCACUACUUGCCCAUAAAAAGUUUUUAGACAUUUUGAAUGAAUAUUACUAUGAAAAGAAUAAUCUUGAAGUAGACACCAAAAUUCUUGACUGUGUCGGUCAGGCUUUUGUAAAACUUGCAUAUUAUUAUCAAGAAAAAGGUGACAUUUCCGGUUUUAUUCAGUCAGUUCUUAAAGCUAUGAAACUGGGCUCAUUCGAAGGGAGACAAUUAUUUCCCUGCAUACUUACAGUUUCAGACUUGGGCUCUACUUAUAAGGAAUUAUUUAUUAAAGAGGUAAGUAAUGAUAAUGUGGAAUUAGGUUUUACUUGUAACGACGAAAACGGACUAAAAGAAUCGUUAAAAAAAGUGAUAGAGGAUUUUUUUCCUAACAACAUAAACUUCAAGUCACCUACGAGUAUGCAAGGACACAUUUAUAAAAGUAUUGAAAAAUAUCGCGAGAAACUUAAUAAGUUGCUGAACAAGAAAUUCGAUCUAACGACCUGUAAGAAAGAAUUGUUGGCAAUUGUAAAUGAAUGUUCAUCGUCUACUUCCAAAAGUGAAAUACAACCUUCGUUGGAAGAUCUCUGCCCGUGGCUUUACAAUUUCAAGCCCCACGAUGACCAAGAAAUCGAAAUACCAGGUCAAUAUAAAGGAGACAAAUUACCUUUACCCCAGUAUCACGUAAAAAUUGUUGGUUUCGCUCCUGAGAUUAAUGUCAUGAAAUCAAUUCGAAAACCCAUCAAGAUUUCCAUAUUGGGGUAUGAUGCUAAAGAAUAUCCAUUUUUGGUUAAAGCUGGUGAAGAUUUACGACAGGAUCAAAGAAUAGAACAGCUAUUCUGCUUAAUGAACAACGUUUUAAUUUCUGAUACUAACUGUAACCAACGGCAAUUGCGUAUUCAAACGUAUGAAGUAAUCCCUUUGACUGAUUCAUUAGGGCUUAUACAAUGGGUUAAGCACACUGUAGGUUUGGGAGAUUUCAUGAAAGAAGUAUUUGACAAGGACAACAGCAUCUGUGAAAGUGUAUCUAACAAAUAUGCUUCAUGGAUUCAAUCUGUGAGUCGAAAAAAGCUCUCUAUUGUUCAACAGUAUGGGACUGUAUCGAUGGAGUUUAGUAGGGACAAGACCAUAAAGAAUUACAGAAACCUCGUUUCUAGUAUUCCUUGGGACUGUCUCAGGCAAGCUUUUUGGAACAUCAGUAUCGAUUCAGAGAGCUUUUUUGCCCUAAGACACACCUUCGCAGUCAGUUACUCUGUAAUGUGUAUAGCCCAAUGGAUUCUCGGCAUAGGAGACCGUCAUCUUAGUAACACGAAAAUUUCUUUGGAAAAUGGCCAUCCUCUUGGCAUUGAUUUUGGUUGUGCUUUCGGUGUCGGUACUCAAAUCCUCGGUGUUCCUGAGCUUAUACCGUUUCGCCUGACACCUCACAUAGUGAACCUCCUCAAACCUUUAGACUGUCAUGGUUUAUUCCAGGAAACGAUGAUCCAUUCCCUGAGAGCUUUUCGUAAAAAUAGACAAGUCCUCCUCGCAACAAUGUCAGUCUUCCUUAAGGAACCUUCCCUGGAGUGGUUGGAUUAUGCCAAGAAUUCUGAACUCAAGAACGAUAGCGAGACGUGGUAUCCCGAACAGAAGAUUUUGCACUGUCGUGAAAAACUAGAAGGAGUUAAUCCAGCAAAAAUAAUGAUUGAAGAAUUGCAAGCAGGAAAUUCACCGUUUGUAGAAGGAUUUAUAGACUUGGUAAAAGGUGAUCCUCAAUAUAAUGUGAGGGCAACAACAACAACCACUGGAAAUAAACUAAGCGAAGAGGAUCAGGUCAAGUGUCUCAUUGAUCAGGCUACUGAUGAGAAUAUUUUAGGAAGACAGUGGCUGGGGCUGGAAAUGUGGAUUUAAGUUAAUAGAAGGUAUUUAUUUAUAAAUGCUUUAAUGCUUAUCCCCAAAACUCUUAGUAUGAAUUAAAGGAUGUGUGUGUGAAUUCUUUUUAAUAAAAUUUUUACCCAAUGAUUAGAAAUAAGCAAAUGUAAUCAUGCUGACAUUUUGAUUGACUUUUAAAUUUCACCAAUGAUCAGGCUUAUUAUGAGGAGACCCUAAAUUCCAAUAUGAGAAAAUCCCACUCAUAUAUUUCAUUAUUAGCACAAAAAAUAACAUGAAACAAUAAUUUCAAAAAGUGAAUGUCUUACUUUAACAGUAUUGGAUUAAAGUCAAAAUAGCAGUGUUCCCUUUUAGUAUAAUUUAUAUCAGAAAAAUUGGUGUAGAGACAAGUGUCCAGGAAAAAUAACAAUAAUGUUCCAGGAAAAGUAAGGAAUAUCUUUUUUCCUAAGCAGUACUGCAAGGUAAAGCAAUGUUUGAAUAUGCAGUUAGUUUAUAAAAAAAUAUUUCAAACAAGUAUUAAACCAGACUUAUUGAGCUGGUCCAAUAUGAAAGUCAGGGUAUUUGUAUAAGUGGAGCAGUAUGUCAGUCCCCAAAGAGCCGUUUUUUUAAACACAUCUAGUGUAAAUUAAACCAUUUACUAAUAUUUUUGUAAUAUUGCAUGUCUUCUGUUAACAUUUUCACAUUUUUUUCUUGCUAAGAUAAUAGUACAAAUAAGGUAGUUUAGGAAUUUCAAACGUAUUUUAUUACAUAUA